AUGUGGAAAAGUAUUAGUACCGUUUCGGCUACUGAAACGUCGACAACUCCUUUUAAAGAUAUGCGUUAUUUCGUAUAUUAUCCACCAAAAAAUUCCAUGCGAUUAAUUGAUGUUAGUGAAAGUGUUCUUGUUCAAGAUAUUCUUACAUUAGUUAUAAAAGACUUUGGUCUUGAUAUUGAAGAUAGUAAUCCAGGUGAUAUAUCAAUUGUUCUUAGUUAUAAUGAUUCUGAUCUUAAACCAAAAUGGUCUUUAACUGAUUUAAAUAUUCCAUCUGGAUCAAUACUUCGUUGUUUAUAUCGAGAAAAAAAACCCGCUGAUCUAUAUAUUCAUUGUAGUUAUGAUAAACAAAUAAUUAAAUUAGAUGAUUCCCGAAUUACAAUUGAUACAACAAUUAGAACAAUACGUAAAAUAAUUUCAAAUAAAUUAGGUUUACCAUUAAGUGUAUUUUGCCUUGAAACAUAUGGUAGUAGACAACGUCUAUAUGAUCCAAUGAAAUUAAUCGAUUAUGAUAUAAGACUUCAUGAACAUAUUUAUUUAAAAGUAUGGGGAGGAUAUGAAAAAUUUAUUCAUUCAUGUACUAAAGAUUUACCCCUAGAAUAUUCUCGUGAUGAACUUUCACGACAAUAUCAAAUACAAAUCGCUUUAUAUAUAGCUACAUUUUAUGGUCAUGUAGAAUUAGCGAAUUCUGUCAUGCAACGAGGUGGUCGUAGUGAUCGUCCUGUAGGUGAACAUCCAUCUCGUCAAUGGUCAAGUAGAAUAAAAAAUGAAGAUUUUCCUGAACUUGAUAAAUGUCCUAUUCAUAUAGCAGUUGAACGAGGACAUGUUAAAAUGGUCGAUCUCUUUGUUCGUCAAUCUAUUCUAUGUACACAAAUUCGAGAUCCUGUAACAGGUCGUUUACCUUAUAUGUCAGCAUUAGCUCGUUCAUUAUUAGCAACAUGUAAACAAGAAACACAACGUUAUCGUGUUAUUUAUUAUUAUUUACAUGAUAAACAAUUUAAUCUUAAAAUACCAUUAAAUUCUACUGGUGAAUAUGUUACAAAUUUACUUGCAUCAACGAUUAGUGCUAAUAUAUUUCAUCAUGUAUCAACUAAUCUUGUAAAUAUUUCAUUACCAUUCUAUUGUAAAAUUAUUAGAUGGUAUGAGCGUGCACGUGAAAAUGCUUGGAAAAAAUAUGGUGGACGAUUUUAUACACCGUCACAAACAAGACGUGUUUAUCCAAAACAAGGUUUACUUGGUUAUAAAGUAUUAAUUGAUGGUUAUAAUAAUACAUUUGAUAUUCCUGAAAACCAACUUCGAACUGUACAUUCGGGUAAAGGUUACACAUCGAAUGCAAUCGAUAUUUAUACUGGUUUUAGUGAAGACGAACGUAAAAAAAUUAUUGAAACAAAAUUAAAGGUUAAAGAUAUUGCAUUAAAUGAUAGAAAACGUGUUAAACAAAUAGCUACUGCAAAUAAUCAACAAUUACGUCGUCCUCGAUUAUUAUUACCAUCAAAACAAAAUAAACAAUCAACAAUAAUUUCAAAUACAACUUAUUCUUCAGCAUCGACAUCAAUGAAUCAAAAACAAUCAAUUUCCGAAAAUGAUAGUUCAUCAACUAUGGAUUCAAUAUUAAGUAAACAUAAAUCCGAUGAAAAUUUAAAGCUAUCAACAAAAAAAACUCAUAAAAAGUUACCUUCCAUAUCAUCUGUCAUUAUCAAUGAAGAAGGAGAAGAAGAUGGCAGCGACGAGAAACAUUCUUUACCCAAUAUCAUUAGUCCAACAAUGAAUCUAUCUUCAAGUUAUCCAUUAUUACCCAAUAAAUUACAACCAAUAAUGUCAUCUGCAGAUGCAUAUGCAUUAUCAUCGAAACGUAUGACUUUAGAAGCUGAACAACAUCGAAUAAGUAAACGACAAGAAUUAUUUACACAGAUUAAACAAUCUGUACAAUCUAUACAAAAUCAAACACAAUAUCAUCCGAAGAAAACAACAAAUCUAGCUCCUAUUUCAUUACCAAUUGAUCGUAAUUCAAUUGAUGUUGAUUCAUAUAUUGCUUUACCUGACCAUCCUAAAGAAAACCGUUUGAGUCCAAUUAAAUCUCGUAUUGAUACUGAUGUUCGUCAAUCUGCUGUGCAACCUUAUGAACGUUAUGCUAGUGCAUCAACACGAUCAACAGCUGUUCGUUGUUUACAAGAAGCUAGUUAUUUUAAAAGAAAAUCAUGGAUUAAACAAGUUGAAAUUAGUAAAGAAAUGGUUAAAAAUCAUGUUAAAAGACGUCUUCGUCGUGCAGAUAAAGACUUUAUAUAUAAUAAACCUACUUUAUUACCUCUUCGUGCUAGUCCGGUAACAAUGUUUACUAAUUAA